AUGGCUGAGGGUACCUUUAUAAAAGACCAUCCGUCCUCCAUCGGGACCAACUCACGCUAUCGAUGGCUUCCCCUCGUUUUGUGGAGCUGCCUUGAUCACUUAAUCCAAUUCGCCGUGGAUAUGUUGUUAGUGGCUGCCAGCACAUCGCUGAUCCCACCUUCAGCUUUCCACUCAACAUUACUGUCAGCCACUAUUAUCGUUCAUCCGGACCUCCACUGA